CCUCACUACAGACGCUUCUGUUUCCUAAAUGCAGCUCCAGCCGCUCAUGCAGACACACUGCUGUGCUGAGGAGCACUGAAAACACACUCAACACACACACACACACUCACACACAGAUGCACCACUCACUCUGGCAUGGAUGCCUGCACGUGUGCUUGGAGCUAAAAUGCGCACCCUGAUUGGUGCAGAGCCUAGCUUGAUGCGAUGAAUUACACACACGCUCACUGCUGUGCAGACACACACACAUUAACAGGCAUGUACACACGAGCGCAAAAAAAGGGGCUGAGAAAGGAAGGGGAAACGUCAGAGAGAAGCGUGCCGUGAUGACCUUGGAUUUUCCCUUCGUCUUCUGCAACAGCGCUCCUUCUCAGGGGAGCAGUGCAGCUUUCACAUGCAGGCAGCCGUGCACACAAACAACACCCGCCUCACUUCUAAUCGUUUCUCUCAGUUGUGGAGAAAAGAAGCAAAGGGAGAAAGAGACAGAAAUGUGCACCACUGGGAUAGAAAGGGAGAAGACCUCCCACCCACGCAAUCUCCCCUUCUCCCUCUCUCUCCACCCCCUGCCAGCAUCACUCUCUCCCUCCUCUCCAUCAUUAAUCUUCUCAUGCCUGCUGCUUUACUUACAGACGGCUUUUCCUUCCAUGCUUAUGCAACUUUCUUCUAUAUUUGCUUGUAUUUCUGAGUCCAGUACAAAAAUUCUCAUCUUUCCCCCCUGUAUUAUCAGGGUAAGAAAUCAUUCUGUUUGCACUGUCCACCACAAGACCGCCGACUGGAUCCCUUAUAAAAUAUUCAAGCUUUUUUUUUUUCCUUUCUUUUUUUAUGCUGAUAAAUUGCAGAAAAUAUUUGAUGGUACUGGUGCUGACAUUUGUAACAAUGAAAAAAAUGCAAAACUAAAGAGGUAAUAUUCUGCAAACUCUCAGUACAUCUUCCCCUAAUGCUGGCUUGUUUUUACCAGAUGGCAGAGUUUAUGUCCUGGAUGUCAACAUCACUUUAAAUCAUUGAUGCUUUUAGCGAUGCAGCCACUCAGCUAAGACUGUGACAAAUGUAAGACAAAAACAUGAUGCUCAGUAAAUUGACUACCUAGAGAUUUGUGGUUAACACAUGUAAACUGCAUGAUGAGUCAGCCGCUUAUAAUUGCAAUUUUAUUCCGAAUUUUCACAAAUUUUCAACUACAAGCACUUUAUGCUUGUAAUCACAUAUUCAGACAUUUAUCUUUCCUCCUUGAGCUGCAUACUUUUAAUGCAUGAGGCUAUAAUUAGCUGAAUUUCACAGCUGCUUGGAGUAGAUGUAUUUAUAUAACUCCUCUUGCAGAAAGUCCUGAGCAUCGUGAAUUCAUGUAUUUUCUUUGAGUUUAAUAACAGCGGCCCUGUGUGAUAUCACUUUGAACAAUCAACAAUCAUGCAUUGUGUUUCUCACUCUUUCAUGCCAGGAAGUCUGAUUGUUGGCGUAGUCGGCAAUACUCCCUCUGAAGCUACAUGCACAUGAUAGAUGGACAAAUUGAUCAAAGGGCUUUUGCUAAUGCAAGAUCAUAAGACUCAGUCAACAAAAAAGAGCAGCAUAUAACAAUGUAAUGUCCUUAAAGACAUGUCACCUCGAUCAACUCUAUUCUGCAGCAAACUGCGUCAAGUAACAAUCACAGCCCAAGUCCUUUUGAUGAGGAAUAAUAGAGUCUCUUUUACAAAAGCAGCCCAGGGUGAGUCAAAAACACCAACUGAUAAGAUCCAUAUUUUUGUAGGGAAGAAAGCAUACCUGUAGUGAGAUUUUUUUCUUUGUAUGUGCAAUUUAGAAACAAGAGCAAAGGGCAACUGCGAGAACAGAAGAGAGGUUGUUGCCACUUACCCUUGCCAACACGAUGGUCCAGAAGGGUACGAUAGUCCAGUGCCAGCCUCUGAGAGGCCGGGACAUCAGGCGCAGGCAAGGGCAUGGCAGGCAAACAAACUCUCAACAGCAAAAUACUGUUUUCAACCGCACAAAAAAAAAAAAACUUGCAAUAGAAGACAAAAAUAUGUAUCCAAUACUGCAGACUGCAGACUUGACCUCUGGCUUGUUUCUCAAAAUUCUCUCACAAACUUCCAAAAGUAAGCAUCCCAACAUUCCAAGAGGAAGUCAAACACUUAGACAAACUCAGAAAUCCACAGACUUCUCACAGAGGACCAACAUGCACCUAUCUUGGGGCUAUAACUGUACCUUAGAAUGAGCACAAAUGAUGGCAUUAAACAAGAGAUUAGCAAUAAUUCCUUCAAUAGCAGUUCUGCCCUCUGUCUGUGCCUCUCUCAUUAAUAAACAUCUCACUAGCACAAUGGACCUCACUAUCCACCCAAAGAGAGGAGGGUAGAGAGAGGCAGGGAGAGAGGGGCACCAUGGGACAGACAUUCAGUCAGUGGGCUUGAGGUUCAAAGAAUGUGGCCAUCAGCAGAUACCAACACAGGAAAAACGUCUGGUAAGUACUUUUAACGCAAAUUCACGCCAAAAACACUUCAGAGGCACAUCACACACUUAAACACGUGCAUCUGUUACACUGAUAUUACACGUUCAAAGUUAAGGAGUUACUAUGAAUACGGAUAAGCCAGAAUACAAAACAAUUUCAGCUCCAGAAGUCCACUUUGAUGUAUUUUUCGUGGUUUCAAAUUUCCCAGUGUCUUAACUUUGUCCUCGGGGUUAUUAACAGGUGCACAACCGUUUGGUUUUUGCCUACCUGUCAUGUUAGGUGCUUGUCACCAGGUGGCGGUGUUCCUCCAGGCUCAAACGGGCGGGAAGACGGGUGAGUGCCUGAUAAUGAGUCUGUGCCGCGGCUUCGAGAAUCAGGAAAACCGCUGGAUCGGGUUGGGCCUGCGGAAGUUAGUAUGCUAAAUUAGCCAACGAGCCAAUGGACAUUUGUGGUUUUUAAUCACGUUGAACCUGAUUGAAAAUAUGUCAUAAAUCGGUCUUAAGGGUAACGUGGUAAGUGUCAACCAAAUGACAUAAAGUUACAGCAUAUUACUCUCAUACGUACAGAAAUUUUAAGUCCUGAGUAGCAAGUGAAUUGAUAUGAAGCUAUGUUAGCUGCCACAGGUUUUCAAUGAACUUUUUCUUCUCGUGUUAGCUUUGGAGGCGUAAAACUUUUCGGUUGACUUCGAUAUGAUAAAGAAAUACACUUAGGAGUUUAAGAUAAAACAAAUCUUUCUUAGUUCUUUUUCAGAAUUAACACUUGCCGGUGCUGAGUACAGUGUGCUAAUGUGAGCUAGCUUUCUGUUUGUUUAACGACAAAUCAGUGGCUGUGCUCUCUAUGAAAGUGUAGUCAACGCCCAUUUUUACUUACCACGAAGUGAACAUGAUGGAAAACCCGUUAAAUAGAAAUAUCCUUUAAAUGAACGAAUGAGAGUCUUUUCGCGGCUGUUAGUUUGAUCAAAGUUCGCCUCUGAUAGACCAACACACAUGUACUUAGUGUUUUCAGUGUUGUUGUUCCUACAGCCACCAGCAGAAAAUCUGACAGCUAACCACACUGGACAGAAGACGCUUUAGUCAUGUCUGAGCACAUGGAGUCCAGGCGCCCGGUAAUGGAUUUACACCCGCAUUAUGUUUGCUGAACAAAUCCAGGUAAGAUAUACAGGGGAACACUGAAACGCAAAUGUUUGAUCAUAAAAUGGUUAAAUGGUUUUUAUGGUUGAGUAGAAAAAAGGUUAAGUGCACAUAAGAAAUCAAUGGAUGUCUCUGUUACUAACAUCAUUACUGAAUUUCCCAUUGAUUAUUAUUGAUUGACAACCAUUGUGUGAAAUAAGCAAGAUGGUAAUAAACGAACAGGACUUUUUAAGAUUAUGUGUCAUACUUAAGACUUUAGUUUCCAAAGAUCUUGCAGUGUUGCUGUGAAAAAAAAACCCAAACUGCUCCUUUACUCCGUUCGCACUACCUCUUAAAGGAUGUGUCCAAUCCGACUUGAAUCUGUUUGCAGCACUUAGGGGAGAGUGGGGUAAGUUGAGCCAAAGGGUAAGUUGAGCCUGCCCCUGUUGCUUGGAAAUGGUAAAAAAAAAUUGAUCAUGUGACGAAAUAUUUAGGAGAUGGGCAUCAAUUCAUGGAGUCAGUUAGACAUUUAUUUCUAAAAAAUAAAUAAAUAAAUUUUUCACUCUUGAAAGUAACUUUAGUGUAGAAUUGUGUCCUGACCAAAAAAGAUCAUUUUAAAUUUGUUUUAUACAUCAAUUGUGGUAUCUAUGAACUACAACAUGAGCUCAAAAACCUAGCAUAAAAGUCCACCAUUUUAGCUUAGAGGACUAACUAAGUCAUAAUAGUAAUUCUGGGGUAAAUUGAGCCAUUUGGCCAGGGGUACGUUAAGCCAGUGGCUCAAGUGAAAAAGUAAAGAAGUCUGAUGAGAGGAUCAGAGUUUCAGUUCAGAUUGGUGAAAUGUGUUACUUUUUCUUUUCAAAAAUACAGCUGUGAAUGUUCUGAAUCACUUAAAGGCAUUCUCACGUUAAAAUGGCUUUUUACAAAACAGCUUUUUAGCAGUUGUAUGCAGUAAUAAUAAAAAUAAUUAUUGUACCUGUUUAAUAGCAUAUAAUAGAUAAAAAUACACUGUUGUUCCUAUGGUCAACUUACCUCGUACACGGGGUUAGUUGACCAUAGGAUACCACUUUUUUUGGCAUGCUAUAUCAUCAAGACAGUUAUGUUUACACUCAUUCUGUUGGUUUGCAGGGAUGUUAAACAUCUUGAAAUAUAUGCAGAUACACUAGUUAGAGACAAAACUAUGAUUGCCCUGAUGUAGUGAUCCGAAAUAUGAAAAAUGGCUCAUCUUACCCCACUCUCCCCUACUUAUUUUUUUUUCUUUCUUGUCUAGAUCCUUGUUUGUGUUGUUAUUUCCAGAUGUACAUUUAUAAUCCAUUUAUUUUCAUUUCCUUGAGGGAACCUUCCCAAAAGGAUAAAUUAAGCUGUAUCUAUUCUGUAUCCAAUAUAAUCUUUAGACAGAUUAAAAACAUAACACUUUAAUACUAUAAAGCCAUAUUAAUGUUUUGGAAAUUUAUCACUAGGCUAAUGUACUGUGUAAUGCUUUUACUAAAGUACUCAGUAGCCCACGUGUGGACGAGGUGUCAUGUGUUUGCCAAGCCUUGUUUCCACCAGCUGAUGGCAGCAGUGAGUUGGGAAACUCUGGUAGAAGAGACAAUGUGACUGUAAGGCAGAACUGUGAGCAAGUCUCUAGGAUAAUAAACCUAAAGGCUUUGAUAGCAACAAAAUAUUCAAACGUACAUUUAGGGGAAAAAUGAUAAUUUCUUUAACUGCCAUGUCACUUAUGUCUCAUUUUCACUUUCAAGUUGAUGCCACUAAGUGUAACAAUUAACCUGCUAAAGCUUUUAACUCCCAGGGGUCUCUUGCCCACAUUAAGCCAGUAAAUCCCAGUCUUUUAUGGGACUAUUUAUGUCUACCUCUGAUGCCUCGUGCUGGAGUCUUGUUUUCUGUUCAGCCUGUAUCAGAUGGCUGAUAGAGUGGGCCCUUUUUUGUAGGAUUAGACCAUCUUAGCUAUGUUAAGCUGAUGAUGUCAAUAGGUCUGCUGUGAGGUCUUGGACACACGAUACACCGGGUCAAAAUACUUCACAAAAACUCAAAUAUUAUCCUUGUUUAAGAUGCUACAACAUCUUAAGAUGUUUUGAAAAUCUUCUGAACACAUCCUUUUUUUUCUGAGUUUGUGUGCUGGUUAUUAAAAAAUGGUAGGAUUAAGCGUUUUAGCACAAAAUUAUUGAUGAUUAGCAUCUUUCUCACACUUGGCCCUUACUGACCUGUGCAUGUGUUCACUUUAAACAGCUUUAAUCAACUGCCAACAAAAGCUGGCAUGCAUUCGCUGUCUCACUGCAGUCUACACACACUAUAGACACAAAUAGAUCUCUGCGUCUGCCAUACGUUAAAUGUUUGAUGAGCACGAAGACCACUAGGUCACUUCUGUGGCUGGUUUUGGCUCAAGCGCCUACAAGCAUCAGCUGAUUAGUGACCUACCAAAGCAGUGUGCCUUAAAACUAAUUAGCUUCUGGGUUCAGACCACAGCAAAGUAAUUCAUCCUAACUUAUCCCUCAGGUGGAUAACUGUUCACCUUUUGAACAGAGACACUUAAUAAAAUUAAUUGCAUAUGACCAGCAGACGUUUGUUUAUUGACAUUAGCAUUAACGUCAUUUGUUUAUAAUGAACCAAAAGGCUGUGAGGAUUAGUUACAAUUAUUUACUUAUUCUCUCCUAUUGCUUUGAACAGUGAUAUCUCAUUAAAUGUUCUCAAAUGUGAUUUAUUAGAUGCCAAGAGUCGGAGAGUUAUACUGAUGUAGUGGCAGUAAUAGAAGAUCUAACUGCCUUAGACCUGGGCUCUAUUUUUAGAUACUCACUAAUCAGCAAGAAAGGUUUGAGCCAUAGUCACGGUUGGACAGAUGGGAACUCAUUAGAUCAGCUUUAAGGACUUGUGCUCUGCCUGAACACAAUUAGCAAAGCAUGUCUCAUAACCCUAAGUAAGCUUAUAACCUAAAAGUGCAGACCUGCUGACACUUUCAGACUAGGAAGUGUUUUUCAUCAUUAAGACUUGGGCAAAUUUUAUCUGUGAUAAUUAACACAUUUUUUGUCCUUAAAAAUUCCUACAAUUUCACUGUCUAAUUCUUUGCCUAACCUAAAGAAGCCUAAACCUAAGGACACUCUGACAUAGCUUUGCAAUUUUAAACAGCAGGAUAGUCUUUUUUUUUUUUUUUUGAGGAAUAAUAUUUAUCUGAGCAAUAAACAUAAUUCACAGUGUAAUACUAAUCAUUUGUAGUGCAAUAUACAUUAUCAUUCUAUGGAAUAUGCAUGAACAUCUUUGCUAAAAAAUGUUUAUCAUGCAAUACAUUAACCACAAUGCAAUAUACAGUAUGUUAUCUACUCACCAAUAGAAGUAAUUUACCCAAAAAUAAACAAAAUCAUACAAUGCAGUGUUCUUUUUGUUUGUUUGUUUGUUUGUUUGUUUGUUUUGUGCAAUACUCAUGACCCACAAUUAAAUAUUUUGUAUUUACUGUAAAAAUAAACAAAACUGCUUGCAAUAGUGGCUGGACAAUAUCAAUCAUACAUCAUGCAAUAUAGAUUAUUUACCAUGCAGUUUACACUACCUACACAGAAAUGUGAGCUGUUUGCUGUGUAAUAUUCAUUAUUUACCCUUCAGUGUAAAUUAUUAAAUAAAAAUGCAAUACAAAGAAUGCAGAAUUUGUUUUUUAUGUUUAUGAAAUACAUUAUUGUUUAUGCAAUAUGCACCUUACACAUUAUCUGCAGUGCAGUAUGUGCUAGUUUCUAUGCAAUGUAUAUUAUCCUCAAUGCAAUAUAUGUUAUUAUACAAGUAAUAUAAGUUAUUGACAGUGCAGAACAGAUUAUGUACACUGUUGUUUUUUAUCUGCAUCCACACAAUCUGCUUUAAUCAUUUGCCAUUUUCUGCAAUUAUUUCACAUACUUCACUGUGCAAUUUACAUUUUUUCACAGACAUCAUCUACUAUGCAACAUCUAUUAUUUACUGUAUGAUGCACAUUAUUGACAUUGUUUCUGUCCAUAAAUAUAGUCUAUCGUGUUUUGUACGCUGUUGUCUAUGCAACAUACAUUUUCCACAAAGUAAUAUUCAUUAUUUACUGUGCCACCGACAUUUUUACUGUGCAAUAUCACUUAUUUAUUGCACAAUAUACAUUUUUUGCAGUGGAAUACACAUCACUUUUACAGGAUUUAGUGUGCAGUACCUGUUUUUUACCAUGCAAUUUGUAUCAUUUACCAUUUAAUAAAUGUAUUUACUGUGUAAAUGUAUUACUGAUUACUAUUUACUGUAAUUUUUUAACUGGUUGUUCUGUGAACUUUGGGUGAAGCAUUUCAUCCAGCCUUGCUCCUGAGACUUGGUCAGUUUGCCAAUAUUUGAUAGCAUUGCUUUUGUCUCACUAUUGUGUUAGUGAUCUCAGCUGUGUGAGCCAGUGAGAGUGGCUGCUGACUAACUAAUCCUCUUUGCACUCCUCACUCCUACAGCUCUGCUCCUUCACAGCUGAAGUUGAAUUUAUUUUGAAACUGCACAGGUGGUGAUGACCUACAAUCCAGUCAGAAGUACUGUACGCCUCUUGGCUGGGAUCUCUACCACCCUUCGCUCUUUAUUUUUAUAUAUUUUACCACAGCAGGGGGACUACUUCAAGUAUGGGUUCCCCUUUUCAUGGAUUAUGCCUCAAUUCUCAGAUUUGCAUAUGAUUCCAGUUCAAUGGAAAAACUGGAUAACGAGGGGCUAGCUGAGUGUGUCCUACGGCACAUGCUGGACAUGAGAAGAGGAUACAAAAUAUGUGAGACAAUACAGGUCAGUUUUCACAUACUGCUUGUUGAGCAGACUAGUAUGCUUGUAGUUGAUCUUGAUGAAGACCACAAGCAGAAGUAUACUGUUGUAUUUGGUUAAUGUUAACACUACUUUCACUGCUGAUGGCCUUUUCUUCUCUGAUUUUCCUCUUUUUUGCGAUGUCAAUGUAUUUGUCUAUUCUUUACUCUGACAGGCUGUCUCCAGUCCAGUGUGAAGCACCUGAUAGGAAGAGCUUAGUUUUACAGUCUGUGCCCAGUGGAGACGUAUUAUAUUAGCCAGAAUGAGACUGGUGACUCGGGGCUGUGAGUGGGCUGGUCUACAGCACCAAUAGCCAGAAGGACCUGGAGGAGUUUAACGCAUUAACCAGCUCAAGUCUAAAUCUGUCCCCCAGAUAAUUUGUUGGAAAGCUGCCUUCCCUCUGGCACACACAGUGACAGCACGUGGAGCUUAGCAGGUGGCUCUGUCCAACGUGCUGAAUGUAUGCAGGGCAACCAGUCCCAUCCAUAUCUGUUAUAAUUUCUAAUAUGAAUGUUGUUUAAGAAUUAUUCCUUUAAAAUGCGUAUACUUUGCAGUAGUUUGAAACAUUAUGGAAGUUGAAAGGUUGAUGCAAAAAUAUGAAAAUAUUAAUAAUAUUGUUAGAGGGUGAAUGGCCCUGUCACGUACAGACGAUUUUGGUUAGCAAAACAAAAAACAAUACGACACAAAAAACAUAUUUUACAAGCAGAAUUAAAGGACUCCAAUGUUUACAAGACAAAGGCAUUUUGAUCAAAAUUAGUUAUUAAUUAAAAAAAAAACCUUAAGCAUCAGAUUUCAACAUCAUCCUAUUCACGUACGCAGUUUUGAGGCUAGUGGGAGGCAAAGUUAAUGAUGAAAGUAGGGAAUAAGUAACCUUCAUUUCUUGUUUCUGCUUUUAAAGAUACUCCAAUAAUACUUAAACUUAAAUUUCUUGGAUGUAGUAUUCAUUUGUUGUUCACCAGUACACCCCCAGCACCAUGUUAUUAACAUGAGUUUAAACUAAGAUAAGUAGCAUAACAUCACUGCUAUAUUAUCUGGAUUUUUCUUGACAAAGGUCCUUCACAACAAAAAAAAGAUAUCUACCAGUUGUUAUCAAACAUUAUCUCAUGUUUACUACUGCCACAUUUACCAAGUAUUGAUUUUUACUAAUUGAUUGUUAAUAUGAAGUCAAAUCUAUGAUAAUGGAAAAAUAAAAUCAACUUUUUGUCCAGUUAGGUUGGCAGAGGUGACAUUAGAGAGCAGGAGAAAGUUAGUCCAACAAAUAUAUAUUUGGUUUGCAAGAUGUGCUCCAUGAUAAUAAAUACAGUGUAAAUAAGACAAACAUAAAGGAAAGACAAAUGCUAAGUUAGCUAAACAUUAAAAAAAAUAUAUAAAUUGGAAUAUAUUGUAUAGCAGUACUCACUGUAUUGCAAAACGUCAAAAAUUGCAAUAGUAUCAUAUCGUGGUCCAAGUAUCGUGAUAAUAUAGUAUCAUGGGGUCACUAGUGAUUCCCACCCCUAGUUUUGACUGAAAAAAGUUCAUAACACUCACUAACAUUAUCUCCUGAAAUAAGUCCAACUCAUCACUAACCAACAUUUUUCCACCUCAUUUUGCCCCCAGCAAUGUCUCCGAGCUUCGUCCUCCUCCUGAUCUGACCCCAGCAGAUGAGGUCAGCAGAGGUCAUCACCAUGGUGACCUUUGCCGAGACAACACAGGUCUCCCCGAUGGAGCUCUGUGAGCCGCCCUGCAUGACAGCGGCCCUGUCCCCAGGGCUGCGACGGAAAAAGAUGCUGUGGAAGAAUGCUGUAAAACACAUCAUGAUCCAGCGGGAGCUGAGCGCCCAGGUAAUAAACCCAAGAUUAAGUAGCAGAUAUGUUGUAUGAAAAGCAUUUACAAAGAGAGGUUAAGAAGUUAAAAAUGAAACCAUUCCACUGGACGGAAAAAGUUUGUUGUCUGCGUUUAGAUUAGUAAAAUGUAGUCUUACCAAGUUACUGUUUCUGGUGUGAGGAGCAUGUCCGAUAAAGACAAUCUGAGUAAUAAAAAAGUUGUCUUAGGUAUGGAGGUUAUAUUCCUGUGACAGCUUUAGAGAUUUGGAUAAAAUAAUACAUGUCACAAGCCCUAUGGGGAAUAAAUCUCAAAGUAGAACAACAGAGUUGAGUUUUGACGGCUGUAGAGGCUGCAGGGGUGUACAUAAGGGCGUAAAAGCUUCCUCCAAAACACCAGACAAACUGUUUCGUUUGAUACAAAUAACCAAUAUAAAUUGACUGAAGUUGGCCAAUUUGAAUAUUGGAUUUCAAUUUUUCUACCAUCAGCUGGUAGAAACAAUUGACAUGUUUGGUUAAUUACUUUCACUUUGGAGAUUAGCAUCAGCUUUCUUGUCUGCAAUAGACAAAGACUGAGUUCAUGAAGGACAUCUUGCAGGUUGUUAGAAGAAUAUUGUACAUAUCGUGCUGUAAGAUGAGUCAUGGUGUCAUCAGCAUACAAAUAAGCGUAACAGUUUGACAUCUUGGGGACAGUUUAAACAGUAAAUAAAAAUGGCCCUUAAAUCUGACCUUGUUGGACACCUUUUGUUACCGUUGAAUAUUAAAUAAUCAGCUUCCUAUUUUAACUCCUCUCUCUAUAGCGUGCAUUGCUAUUGGAACCAAUAUAAUAAUCCAGAGUAUCAAACCCUUUUUGGAAUUAAGUAUACCAUGCUGUCUUCUGUUUAGGGCUGAUGUGUCAUUAACAACUUUGGUUACAACUGUAACUGUGCUGUGCCUUUAUCUAUCCUUCUUGGUCAAAAUAUAAACUAUCAACUUUACACUGUAAAUAGACAGUACUGACACUUGAGCAACUCACUACAGCUUGGUUACUGUGCCAAAAAUGUCACUUUACCUAAAAAAAUUGCUUGUUAAAUUGAAAAGGUUACAUCAUGACAGCUUCAUGUACAAGUAUAGUACAUGAUGAAAACUACUGCAAUUUUCCCAAGAGACAAUCUCCCUGAAAUAUGAAGCCAAUGCAGAGGUGCCGAAAACUGCAAUUCUCUGAGUUCAUACUUGAGGCUGGCUCCAUAAGCCUUUAAAACCAGGUUGAUAUGGGCUCAAGAUGUGGCCCCAAAUUGUUCUGUGUUUUUGUCAUCUUCCUACUUUAGGAACAGUAACAGAAAAAAAGAUCAAAAUAUUUGAUAUCUGCUUUCUAUUACACCAUGCCAUACAAUAUGUAUAAUACAAGCCUUUAUGGUACGAUGCACUUCAUUGCCUUCUUAGGGAAAUAAGUCUUGAACCCAAGCACAGAUAUGGACCAAGUCUUUAAAGAUUAGAAAAAACAUCUAUCUAUACUCAAUACAAGAACUUUGUUUACUCCCAAAGGGAAAUUCAUUUGUCUGGAGUCUCAUGUCAUCUGUUUAUCAAAGAAUUAUAAAGUCUGAUGGCAUUGGGUACAAAAGACCUUCUGAAUCUCUCUGUCCUGCAGCAAAGAGAGAGGAACCAUCUACCACUGUUGUUAUGUUUGUCCAUCAAGGUUUUAUGAAGUGGAUGCUCCAUGUUCUUUAGAAUAGCCUCUAUCUUCCUCAGUGUGCAACUGUUCAUGGAGAACUAACCCUCAGUAAAGGGCUCAACAUAUACUGUAUAUAAAUCAGUGACUGAAAGACAGAGUUGAGUGAUGAAAUCACUUCAUGUUUUGUUGGUCAUGUAAAAUAUGAACCUACUUUCUAAAUGGUCAUAAUCAGUUUGCCCUCAUUUUCCCAUUGAAAAACCACAGCUCCCUCCUAAAAGAUGUAAAACUAGACCUUGUUCUCACGGAGAACUGGGUCCAGAGAAAUGCCAAGAGUUCAAACACACAAAUUUGUCUGUCAUUUUUGUUAGGUGGGUGUGGAGCCGGCACGUAAGAUCUUUGUGACAGACGCGUACAUGGAGGAGAUCAACAAACAGAUCCGUAACAAGGCCUCACGUGGGGGCACAAAACGUCGCGCCUCCUCAUUCAGGGUCCACUCAUCCCAGUCCCGUGGCUCCACCAGUACACACAACAGUGUCAGAACGUCUUUCAAUGAGUACGUCAGCGAUGCCGACUUCUUUGUUCACUGGGGCCGCACAGUUCAUGGAGUCUACAUACCCACCCUGAGGCACACCUUCAAGUCACGGGACCUGGAGAGACUCUACCAGCAACACUACUCCCAACAAAGACGCAACUCUCUGGCCAUCACAAAUGUAAUAGAUGCAGUGGCCAAGCUGAAUGUUCUAGUACUCUACCUGGGUCUGUCUCCUGAAGCAGGUACCGACACCCUGCGUGGCUACCUGACAGGAGUCUUCAUGGUGCUGGCUAUAGCUCUGUGUAUCAUAGUGUUGACUCGCAAAGACUCCAUGACGCCAAGAUGGCUUCAAUUUGCUGGCUUGGCUUGCUGGUUGUCACAGACCACACAGGUGCUUGGAGGUCUGGUUUAUGGACUGGAAAAAGACCCAUCAUGGUAUGUUCUGUUCACACUGUUUGCCACAUACACACUGCUGCCAUUACCUCUACUGUGGGCCAUGUGCGCUGGCUCCCUGACCUCCAUACUUCACUUAAUGGUGGAGAUUGCGCGCAACUACAAUGACCCAGUGCUUUUGAGAAAGGUAAGAAAAUAUGCUGAUUGCUUCUUGAAAGAUAGUGUUGUCUCUAAAAUGCCUGAUGAUUAAUGAUCAUUCAAUCAAAGUAUCAGUAAUAUUGAUAUAACAUCGUAAAAUGCAAGACUCUUCAGCUUUCUGUGUCACUUUAAUGUAAAGCAUUUAUUAGCUUAACACCACAGAAUAGUUUAUUCACAAAAUUUAUCAAAACACAAACAGUGCAGCACAUAAUAUUUGUGCUCAUGUUUACUGCAAGAAGUGGUUAGACCUGGUUUACCUCUGUGGGCAGGUCAUCUAACUUGAUCAAAAUAUUGACUUUACACUCUACAGACCAAGGGUGGGCAAUCAUGUGCCAUGGAGGGCUGAGAGGCUGCAGGUUUUCUUUCCAACCCAAAACUCCACCAGGUGAUUUCACUAAUUACCUUACCUCCAAGCAGAGAGCAGGGACUAAUCAGUGAAAUCACCUGGUGGAGUUUUGGGUUGGAAAGAAAACCUGCAGCCUCUCGGCCCUCCAUGGCACAUGAUUGCCCACCCCUGCUAUAGACAGUACUGACAUGAAAACAAGUCACUACAGCUUGGUUACUGUGCCAAAAAUGUCACUUUAUUUAACUGAAAAAAAUUACUCAUUAAAUUACAAAUACAUCAUGACGGCUUCAUGUACAAGUAUAGUACAUGAAGAAAACUUCUGCAAUUUUCCCAAGAGACAACCUCUCUGAAAAACAAAGCCAAUGUAGCAGUGCCAAAAACUGCAAUUCUCUGUGUGUGAGGCCGGCUCCAUAAGCCCAAGAGAACACAUUUACAUCCAUUACUAAAAGCUCAUCUUUACAACAAGAAUAAACAUGUCAAUUUUAGCGCCUCCGUACCUGUCUUGUCCUUUAAAAGUGUAAGCAGUGACUUAUCUUGCUGAAUAUAAGCAGUUAAAUAUAUCAUUCAUUGCGAAUUUGUUGUGUUGAAAUUGAGUCUUUCCCUUGGUAGUCUUGUUUGGUUUCAGGUAUCAUGAAAGGGCAUCAAUCAGAACUUCAGUCUAUUUCAUACACAUAAAAAAACUUAACUUAAAAAAAAAAAAAAUUUGCCUGAAUCGCUCAUGCUUCUAGCCACACAAGUUUUACAAGGGGUGAAUGUUUGUAUAAGCCAAUAGUUUUGAAGAUAUUAAGGUAAUGAGUUUUGAAUAAUUAGGAGCACAGCUGAUUGGACUUAUGGACAAGAACACAGAAGCUUUGAACUAAGAAGCUUACAGUCUGCCACAGCUCUCAUGGUAGGUCGAUUUAAAAUCAGGUUGAGUCAGCAUUUCCAAUCCGAUGACCACCGUCGUUGAGCUUUGUAGCUCUGCUACUGAAACCAGUCAGUGACACCACAAAGACUGCGGUGAGUCUGUGGCUUUCAACAGGUGUUUAAGUGAACACAGAAGCGUUUAGUUUCAAAUCACAUCAUGAUUUAACACCAAUGCAAUGGAAAUUAAACAAAAAGGAGAAAUUUCAUCAAUGUGAAACACUCACAUUCCAAGCUCUUUUGAGCCUCUAACCUUUUCAACACUUUUUAAAAUCAGUUUUUCUUUGAAUCAGUCCACAUGAAUGUAAGAUCUUAAACCGUCAUGUCAUAAUUUUUUCAGUGUCAACAUUGAGCAUAAAGAGCAAAGUUUGAUGAUAACCUGGAACUCUUACUGAGCCAUUAGAUUACUAGCCCCUGCUUUGUGUUGAAUAAUCGCAACAGAUCUCUAAUAUACUUGCAAUUUUUACAUAAAUCAGAAGUCUUAGAAAUCAUACAAGUAUCUACCUCACAAUUAAUUUAAGGAAGACUUUUUUCCUAUUAAUCAUCCUACUCCCAGCCUUUGCAAAUUAGCCUACCCUGGUUGAAAUGAAUUGUCUGAAUACACGUUUUCUGUUGAAUGCAGGUGUUUGCCAAAGGCCUGCUGUACCUCGGUAUGAACACAGCUGGCUUAUUCAUCCAUUACCUCACAGACUAUGCCCAGAGGCAAGUUUUCCUUGAGACGCGGCGCUGCAUUGAGGGUCGCGUCAAGCUAGAGCAAGAGAACCAAAGACAGGUAAAAUGGCUGCUGUGAAAAACCCUUAGUAGACAGCUGGGGACGAGGAUAAACCAAAUUACGAAACCAAAUUCGUUUCAUACAUAGGAGCGCCUGGUGCUGUCAAUCCUGCCUCGCUUUGUUGCCUUGGAGAUGAUUGCUGACAUGAGCUCUAUGGAAGAUGAAAUGAUUCAUCACGAGUUUCACAAGAUCUAUAUCCACCAGUACAAAGAUGUCAGGUACACACACAAACAUUUACAUUGUGCUAGAGAAUAAAUGUUCACUGGGCUUACAUCUGAGGACUUGAGUGAUACCUUUUCGAUGCAUUUGUCUUUAUUUGUCUUGCCCAGGAUUUUUUGGGACUUGAUGUCAUCCUUUGCAAAUGUUAACUCUUUACAAUCAGCUUAGCUCAUGUUGUUUUGAAUUCUCUCUCUUUUUUUGUAGCAUCCUUUUUGCAGACAUAAAGGGAUUCACCUUGUUGUCCAUGAACCUAUCAGCUCAGGAUUUAGUCCGAACACUCAAUGAGCUCUUUGGACGUUUUGACCGGCUUGCAGAGGUUGGAAAUAGGAGCCCCUUUGAGCUAUUUUGAUUUUUGAUUUGCAAAAAUAUCUAUUAUACUAUACAAUUCUGUACACCAGAGGAUCAAAGUCUUUCUGCUAUGGUGUUUUGAAAUAACAGGAGCACAACUGCAUGCGGAUAAAGAUUCUGGGAGACUGUUACUACUGUGUGUCAGGAGUCCCGGAGCCACAGCGUGCACAUGCCCGCCACUGUGUUGAGCUGGGCCUGGCUAUGAUCAGUACCAUAAAGUAAGUUCGAACUGAUUAGAGGGCUGGAGAGAAUUACCAUGCAAAACAAUGAUGAAUUUAUUUCACUACCUUUGCAUCAAGAGUGUGUACAAAGUAGGGCUGGGCGAUGAGCCGAAAAUUUACCUAUACCGAAAUUUCUGACAAUAACCGACGUAAUUUUGGUGUCAAAUAAAUAAAUAGAUAGAAUUUGGUUUUGGAUAUGUGUAGGUAGGCUAUGGUCUCAUGUCCCUUUAAGAUGCUGUCCUACUUGGAGAUGUGGCUCCACCCCAUCCAGUCUAACCAAAGAGGGAAAGACAGGUGAGGAGAUGGAGGACGGUUCAAAAGUUGUAGCGUCUGAAGUAGACGAAGUUAAUGUGGGAGGGGGUGAGCAGCUUGUGGAGUAGUUAUCGUCCAUUCAUUGUUAUCGAGGUGAACCGCUUAAUAUAUCAUGAUAUUGAUUUGUGGCCAUAUCGCCCAGCCCUAGCGCAAAGGCUGCAAAAUACAAUACAAAUACGGUUGUUUUCCUGACUUCUGACUCAAACCAUCAAAUCUCACUGAAUAAGAGGAACAAUAAUAGAAGCUGUCACAUACUAGUCCAACAUUUUCAUUUCACUACUCCCCAACUCCAGACUUGUGCGUCAGCAGCUGAACUUUGACAUGGACAUGAGGAUUGGGAUCCACUCAGGCUCUGUGCUGUGUGGGGUGCUGGGUCUGCAGAAAUGGCAGUUUGAUGUCUGGUCCUGGGACGUGGGCAUUGCCAACAUGCUGGAAGCCGGGGGCAUACCAGGGUGAGUGGUCUCUGCUGCUGCUCAGAACCAGCAGUGUAAUCUUAACAUAGAGUAUCAUGUUUAAAUACUAAGACGUAAGACUUCUUAUUCGCUAACUCUACAUUAGAUUCUAUGUAUAAUUAGAAGAUGGAGUGUGAUGUCAACCCUGGCUCCAUCUGCUGGAUCACUAAUGCAUGGCUCUCAAAUACAUUAUCAGUACCCCUUGCUGUACUUUGGCUUUGUUUUGCACAACAAAAGUAGCUGGAGGCGUAUAAUUCUUAUUCAUGCGCAGUCAAAUAAAUUUAGAAAUCAAAUUUAUGAAAGUGGUCCUCUUUCAAUGAUUUCCUAACAUCUUAGUUUCCAUCCAACCUUUUUUUUUUCGUCUGAGAGCCAAUCAAUCAAUCAAUCAAUCAAUCAAUCAUUCAAUAUUGUGUAAUAUACAUUUUUUCUAUUUACUAUUAUUAUUAUUUAUUAUGACUUAAAUAUUUAGCAUGUUCAAUAUUAUCAUUAUUAUUGUGUUUAUCUAUGUUUUUUGUUAUUCUUCCACCUUUUACUCACUACUUUGUUAUUGUUACAGCCUACCCUGUCGUAAUCAUGUCUAUAAUCGUGAUAACACACACACACACACACACACACACACACACACACACACACGCCUGAUCACCAAAAGUGUCGCUCGUAUCUGUUUGUCCUGGUCAUUGAACUGUUGAUGUUAAAUCCCACUGUCUUGUAGUGUUAUGUCUAUUUUCACUGUAUUGUGUUGCACAUUUAAAAAGAAAAGGAAAAGAAAAAGGAAAUCAAAUUUAUUUUCCUAAAACAAAGUUGUUGUGACAAAUUGGAAUAAGGGCUAAGGAGGACAGGUUCAUUUAUAGCCUACUAUACGGUGCAUUUACUCGGUACAGAGCAACAAUAUCUUUUUCUUACAGUGAAAUCCAUUUAAAACCAUUUAAACCGAACCUUUGGUUUUCUACACCAGAAGAUACUUGGCAGUCUUAAAGCUUUCUUGGGCAUAGCUCAGCCAGUUAUAGGGUGCUACUGUAUUUGUCUACCUACCUACUCACUCUGCCAGGCUUAGAGCAUUUAUUUGUUAUCAAUCAUCACAUUUUCUUUGCUUCUGUUCUUUCUUACUCAGACGUAUCCAUAUCUCAAGGGCGACCCUGGACUGUCUAGAAGGCACCUACAAGACAGAAGCUGGUCGUGGGCGUGACAGGAAUGAGUUUCUGAAUAAGCACAACAUCGACACAUACCUCAUCUGUCCUCAGGCAGAAAAAGACAAGGCUGACCAUGCUGAGCCCCGGAAAGUCCUCAAAACAAAUAGAACCUGGAACCAAGAAUUCCCAUUUGGACACGCCAUCGAUAUGAACAGUGUAAGUGGAAUGCUUCUAAAAAUAUAUAAGAGACAUUUUAACCUCAAAAGAUUGCGUCCAGCUGUACAAACUUGUUCUAUUUCAGACCAUUUUUACUAAUUGUAGAUCCUGGCCUCAUUUACAAAUGGUUCACUGCCCAACAUUUGGCAGUCUACCUCCAAGGAGAUCAACAGACGAAUUCAACAAGCCAUUGAGGUCCAGAGCAGUGACCGUAUGCACAGGGAGCACAUCACCCCUCUGACUCUGGUGUUCAAAGACACGCACAUUGAGGGCAAGGUAAACAAGUUCACACAAUCUUAGAGUUGACGGAAACUUCACAGCCCACAGUAAGUGAUUUGGAGUGGUUUUAUUUUCUUUUUUAUGUUGUUUGGUCGCCUCAGUUCUCCCAGAUGAGAGAUGAAAUGUUCAACUCCAAUGUCGUCUGCUCCUUCAUCAUGCUCCUCUUCCUCAUGGCUACCCAGGCCCUCAUCCCUGCACCAAGGUAGUACAACACCAUCAGCUUCACCAGACACAGGUUUAUUAUUAGACCUAGUUUAUUUUUUACAGGGUAUUAAUUUAAAUGGGAUAAUGUAAAGUAGGUAAAACAAGCUUUAAGAAAUACCUGACCAAAACUGUAACUGACUGCAGGUGUAUAAUAGCAGUAAGCUAAUUCUCUUACACAGCAUCAAAUGGUAACAAUUAAAUAAUUUUAGAACCUGAAUUGAAAUUAAAUCUGACAUUAACAACUCACUACUAAGAAAACGUAAUAGUACAGCAGAAUAGACUGUUUUCUAAAGCUCCUGUGGUGAGUUUUAAAAUGGAGAUGAAAUAGACUGAAAUUAAAAGGGAUUCCUCUGUAUGACAUAAAAAAGUAAAAGAGACCAUCAGAGAAAGAACUGAUCAUUUCUAAAAGCUAUUUCAUAUGCCCAUAGCCUUCGGUGAAGGAGGUGGGGUGGUGGUAAUUGAUGCCACAUUGCUGCAACCGCCUCUUAAAUAAAUUUCCGCAACAGAGAUCCACGUGAUUUGCAUGUCCAGGGAUAAUGAUACUUAUUGCAAACUCAUGGUUCUAUGUCAGCAUUGAAAAAAAUGUAUAUGAAAUAGAAAAUAUGUAAAUAUAACAUGGGGACAGCCAAAAACAAAGAUAAAAACAUCUGUAGUUCAAACAUUGACAGUGAUUAAAACACAAAAAAGAUAUUUGUUCAAAUGUUUCUAAAAACAACAGAAAUACCUUGUGUCACCACUAAGUGAGCUCUCUUUUGAUUUUGUUGUCUAAAUCAGUGAACUGACACAUGAAUGUAUUCAUAAAAUUUUUCAGGACUGCAUGGAAUGUAUAGAACAUCACCAGAAGCAAACAUAACACUUGCACUGGAUCAUCUUGUUUGUAUAUGAAAGAUUCUAAAUGCAUCAUUAUAUCCUACCUGAAUUUUUUUCACGUUAGCUUUACUGUCACUACAAAGUUUGCAGGACUGAUGCUGUAGCUCAUCCUCAUUACUUAGAUAUUUAGGAUGAAGAUGAAUAAGACUGUUCAUCAGGAGACAUUACUCAAGAUGUACAAGACAAGAUCGGUAAAAAGAUAGUUAUUUCCUGCUUUGUCCACUGGGGGCACCAAAAUAGACACAAACCUAAACUUUCUCACAGCAGCUUUAAGAGGACCCCUCACCCUAAUUUUACACUCCCUCCAGGGCAUAUUUUUCCUUUCACUCUUUUUAUCCUCCUCUGUUUGUUUUCCCUCUGCAGACUGUUUCCAGCCGUCCUCCAGUUUUCCGUUUUCCUGCUUGCUUACAUGCUGCUGCUGUUGGUGGCCCUGGCUGAGGAGUUCAAAUGGGCUCCAGCGGCGCUGCAGCAAUUCUGCUGCUGGAUCCAUGAAAACAACAGUGCCCGCAACCUCCUCACCCUCACUGCCAUCUUCAUCAACUUUGGCUUAGUUUCCACUGACGUGGUGAGCAUCUAAACAGCACAGGAUUGAAGUCCUUUUUGGCAGAUUUUCUUCAAUGUGCUCUUUGAAAUAAUGAGCUGGAAAGCUGUAGAGUUUUUUCUGACAUUUGUGAAAGAAUUUUGUCUGAUUAGUUGUUUUACUUGUUCUUUCAGCGUGUUGAUUGUACGUAGGAUUGUAGGUGAUUUUUAUUUUGUUGUGUCCAGGUGUGGUGCAUCCUCUCAGACACAAAAGAGGCUGAUUUAACAGACAGAACUAGCACAGCUACACAUCCCCUCACCCUCUGCACUCACCCCGAGGUAAGGAUUCAGACCUGUUUAAAUAUGUUCAUUUACCCUUAGAGGCAAUAAGAAAAAUCUAUCAUUCUUCUCUCCUCAGUUGUUCGUAUUAAGCGGAGUGAUUGCCAUGGUGACCUGUGCCGUUUUCCUGCGUCUGAACUCUCUGCUGAAGCUCGCUGUGUUGCUGCUGGCUGUGGCUGUUUACUCCUACCUCAUCCAUCUAGCAUUCCUCUUACUCAUGCGUCAUGAUAUGUUGCAUGGGUCAGUACCAGCCCUUCCUAUGGCCACAUAGUGUACAUGUAUGGUUAUAUCUAUCUAUUUUGCUGCUGGUGUUUGCCAGUAUAUGAGCAUCCUGGUGCACUUGCCUGUUUUUCUAGCUAUAAAUUGUUGCUUUUUUGCCAUUUUUUGUUUCUCUCAUUUUUUGUUGCACAGGUCUCACUAUGUCAGGAGAAAAGGAAUUUCCAUCCUUCUUAUGGUCAUGUUUAUUGUUGCUGUCUUCUACAGUGGACGGCAGGUAUAGAAGUUUUAUUUUUAUUUUUAUUUUACAGCCCUUUAUUUAACUUUUAUUUUAGUGUUAUCAAUUUAUAUCAUGACCACAGAAUUUAUUGAACCAGCAUUCCUGAGACCAAAGACCAUGUGUGGCAUUCAUCUGUGACCUGUUUCUUACUCUCCAGUGGGAGGCCACUGCCAGACUGGACUUCCUGUGGCGUCUGCAGGCCCAGCAGGAGGUGGAAGACAUGAGGGAGUUGCGGGAACAUAAUGAGUGUCUCUUACACAAUAUCCUACCUCAACAUGUAGCUCAACAUUUUCUGGACCGGAGCAAGAACGAUGAGGUAAAAAGAAACAUGACCUUGAAUCUGGCCAACAUCUUACUGCACUUUAUUUCCUCAAGAUAUUUGACUUUUUAUUGUUUUUAUUAGUGAAACACAGAAAUACAGAAUGAGGUGAAGCUCAGUUUUGUGAAAAAAAAAAAAAAAAGCUAAUUGGCCCUUCAGGAAAAUGAAUAUAUAUGGUUUGUUACUGGUUCUUGUAUCAUGAUUUAGAAAAUGUAGUUCAAAAUUUUUGGGCUGAAAACAUUUUAUGGGGUCUCUCGCAACCACAUGUUUUAAGGGGUUUAAUUGGACAUUCAGAUAGUCAUUUACCAAAGCCUUCACACAUUUAUACAAUUUUUUACCUGUUACCUGACUACUACUAAACUCUGAGAACAGCUAGCCCCAUAUUCACAUGCAAAAAGUCAUUCAAAUAGUUGUAAAACUGGUAAAACAAAGAGUGUUUUUAUGUUCCUUUUAUUUCAGGAGCUGUACUCUCAGUCCUAUGAUGAAGUUGGUGUUAUGUUUGCCUCCAUCACUGGAUUUAAUGAGUACUUCGAGCAGAAAGAGAUCAAUCAUGAGGGCGUGGACUGUCUCCGGUUGCUGAAUGAGAUUAUCGCUGGCUUUGAUGAGGUGGGCUGAAAAUUAAAGUCUUUUCCCUACAUUAGAUCUGGCUUAUUAUUAUUAUUUUUUGCUCUUUUAUAGAUAAUAGAGUUUGAAUAAAAGAUGAAAUGAUGAAAACUGAUUCAUCCUCUUCAAAAAACCUGAUUUUGUGAUGUUAUAUGUAGUUUUUAUCCCUUUUAUCCCCUGCUGUACUAUCUGAAAGAAAUAUCAGAUUUUGAUCCAUAACUCUUUCUCCUGCCCAGUUGUUGGAGGAGUCAUACUUCCACUUUGUGGAGAAGAUAAAGACCAUCGGGAGCUGCUACAUGGCUGCCUCUGGCUUAGCUCCAGACAGACAGGUGGGAAAUCCUAUACUGCACAUUCAGCUGUUACUGUGUUUUGACUGCAUUUGCCCUGCUCUCUUCCACUUUCCCUCCCGUCUUUUACUAUCUUUCAUCAAUCUUUGCUCCUGUCUCUUCCUCUCAGGCAUCUAUGGAUGAAUGGAAUCACCUGAGUGAGCUAGUUUUGUUUGCUUUGGCAAUGCAAGAGACCCUUAGAGAGAUUAACAGGCUGUCUGCCAAAAACUUUCAGCUGCGUGUGGGUAAGUGGAAGCCCUUUAACACACACACACAAACGCACACAUACAAAUAAGGCUGUUGAGAAAAAUCUGAAUCUUUCUUUAAGCAUUUAUCUCAUAUUAUAUAUAAAUAAUUUUUAUUGUGUUGGUGUAAUCUCCUGUGUUUUUUGUAACAGGUAUCGCCCAUGGCCCCGUAGUGGCAGGUGUGAUUGGUGCUACAAAGCCGCAGUACGACAUCUGGGGCUCAACUGUGAAUCUGGCCAGCCGCAUGGACAGCACAGGAGUGAGUGGGCGUAUCCAGGUACCCGAGGCCACACGCAAGAUCCUGGCAGAGUGGGGAUUUGUCUUAGAGUUACGAGGAGAAAUCUUUGUCAAAGGGGUGAGCAAACGAAGGAAGAACACGAAUACUGCUUGUUGACUUUGUGAUGGUGGUCAUAGUGUGUCUUUGAUUUAAUCGAUGAGCAUAAGUUUCCAGAAAGUCAAUAUUUCUGUAUUAUAAAGCCUUAUUAGUCCUGAAAUACUUCAUUUGUUUUAUUUUAAACUUUUAUUAUUUAAAUUGAAUGAGAAGAGGAAAUAAUUUUAUUUGGGUCACUCCUCUGUCUCCAGUCUCAGUCUGAAGUUUAGCUGCAUCUGUACCUUUACGGAAGACAUUUUGGCCUGUUUCAGUAAGAUCAGCACAGGUGUAAAUUGUGCCUUAUAUAAUGACUUUUGAUUAAGAAAAAGGCUUAACUACAAAAUUUCAUUUAAGAUUUAUAUUCAAUUUUAGAACUAAUUGGCUUUUCUCUGAGAGAUCACAGUAGAAAUGCUGGACAUUUGUCCUGAGAAACAACAUUGAUCUGUCCUUCGUCCAGUGUACGGUAUCCUAGUAAGCCUACAAUGAUUCAUCUUGUGUUGUAAAUUGUUCUUAAUUAAGCAUUUGAGGCAACAACAAAAGGAACAGACAGUUUUAAACAGACAUAGUCGCAGCGAAAACAACAUCUGAACUGCUCAGUUGUAGAUGCCAACAAGAACUGAACAAAAAGGUCUAACAGCGACAUCUGGUGGUUAAAAGAAAUGAUAAAUGCACUGGUUAGUGCGGUCUUGGGUGCAUGAAGCAUGGAGAAAAGUAGUGAUAAUAAUUUAUCUUGGAAAAGAAUUACAGCACCUCUUUGACUCCUGCUCUUGUUACAGGUGAGCGAGCGUCAGGGCAAAGUCCGCACCUACUUCAUCAGCACCAUGCGCAGCAAGAGGGCCAAUGUGGGGACAGAUGGCCGCACAGGGGGGCGGGCAGGAGGACGCAUGACACUAGCAGGGAUUGUAUUCAGUCUGGUUCAGGCUAGGAACAAGGAGAAGUUGAGAGAGACCAACGGGGGUUUCAGCCUGACUCCUUGCACCCCGCAGUGCUGAAGACAUGGACAUUUAAGGUCACAUGAUAACACGUAGAGGAGGACACAUACUCUGUACUUUCCAAGAAGUAGCUUUGCUGCACUAACAGAAAUACUGUGUGGCUGUUUUUUCCCUUAAUGGUUCCCCUUCUGCAUUUUGUCAUCAAAACUAGAAGGUUUCUGGUUAUGAUGUGCUAAAUUCAUACCUCAGGAACUCAUCCGUGUCCAGAAUGUUCAGCUGACUUUUUAUACAGUAAGCACUUCACUACACUGAGUUCUGUAUCUAAUUGCCAUAUCUACACUGUAAAACCUCUGUGUUCCGUUAAUUUUAUACAAAAACUAACACACCAGCAUGACCUUUUCCUUUUUUUGCUGAGAUAAUCCUCUAGCAAAUCCUCAGACCUAAGCCAAAACACAGAACCAAGAAUACCUCAAUACAACCAGCUCAACCUCACAUAGGCCAACAUAGGCCUACACAACACAGACUCCAUUUUUGUCUCUCUGUUUGCUUAAAAUAUUCACAUGUUUUUUUUUUUAUGUUUUGUACUGCAAGCUGCACAUCAUUUUAGUGAGAUACUGGAGAGAUAAAGGAGUUCAACAUAUUUGCUAUAGUGGCAGUUUUCUCACCAUAUUUCUUUCUUCAUAAACGUCAUUCAGCUAAGUGAAAUCUUUUACAAAAAGAUUUUAUUUUGGUGUCAAAUUGUACCUUCUUUCUCAGCGAUGGCACGCCUGGCAGCUUACAUGUCAGUGUCACUGUUUAUUGUGUUCUUUCUGAACAUGUGGAUCACUCAGAACCAAUUCACUUUUCCACAGCGCAGCGUAACUGUCACCUCUGUUUCAUAACCAUGUGUACUUUUCCAUGCACAAGCAGACUUAAAGCUGAGGUCUCAAUAUUCUCUUUCGGCCAAAGAGAUACAGAGGGUGGCGUUCCUGUGAUAUUAUGAUGUUAUUAUAAGAAUUAAGUUAGGUCAGGUGCAUUUUGUCACCAUUUUUGAAAACAAUAAUGUGUGUUCAUUGCUUUGACUGAUUGACAUACCUCUCUAUGAGACAUGAUGAUGACUUUGUAAAGUUAUUGGGCAAAUUAACUAAUACACAUAUGUACAUCACAGAAAAGAAAUACGGUGAACUGUGAUCGAUGUGUGCCAGAAAACAAAUGAAAAACUAAGAUUUGUAUAUUUGAAUCUUGACUGUACCUCUGGUCCUUCUGUGUUUCUUCUUUUUUAAUUUGGCACUCUGGAGAUUAAGUGACUGACAGCUUCGUGAAACUGUUAUUGAACAAAAAUAAUUUUGUGUGUAUUCUUGUUUUUCAUAAUUUGUACAAAAUAUUUGAUAGUCUGGCUUUUCUGCUAAUAAAAUCAGCACUGA